UAAUACAACUUUAUGCAUUUCUCUGUACAAAAACUGGGUGCAUUGGUAAUGUUAACAACAAGUUCAUACAGAAUCCAAAUGGAUAUUCUUAUGGUGCUCUGAGAGUUGAAUUGUGAACACAAUUUCAGUAUUGGAAAGGACAGAUCAAGCCUUGUCUUACACCUUAUACAAGUGACUUACCAGGUAGAUUCUGUGACAAGACUUUUACACCACCAAUUAAGUUCUUACUGCACUCAGUAAAAAUGUGCAAAGGAGAGAGACCUCACAAGUGUAAAUUCUGUGACAAGACUUUUACUCAAAAAGGCAAUUGCACUGUGCAUGAAAGAAUUCAUACCGGAGACAAACCUUACAAGUGCAGAUUCUGUGACAAAACUUUUAUAGCCAAAACACAUUGCACAAGGCAUGAAAGAAUUCACACAGGAGAGAAACCUUACAAAUGCAGAUUCUGUGACAAAACUUUUAAAGACAAAACUUCCUGCAUAAAGCAUGAAAGAAUUCACACAGGAGAAGAACCUUACAAGUGUAGAUUAUGUGACAAAACUUUUAAAGACAAAACUUCCUGCAUAAAGCAUGAAAGAAUUCACUCCGGAGAGAGACCUUACAAAUGUAGAUUCUGUGACAAAUAUUUUACUCAAAAAGGCAAUUGCACUGUGCAUGAAAGAAUUCAUACUGGAGACAAACCUUACAAGUGUAGAUUCUGUGACAAAACAUUUACAAGCAAAACAAAAUGCAUGUAUCAUGAGAGAAUUCACACAGGAGAGAAACCCUACAAGUGCAGAUUCUGUGACAAAACAUUUACAGACAAAAAAUCUUGCAUACAUCAUGAGAGAAUUCACACAGGAGAGAGACCUUACAAGUGUGGAUUCUGUGACAAAACUUUUAUUCAAAAAGGCAAUUGCACUUUGCAUGAAAGAAUUCAUACUGGAGAGAAACCUUACAUGUGUAGAUUCUGUGACAAAACAUUUACAAGCAAAACAAAUUGCAUACAUCAUGAGAGAAUUCACACAGGAGAGAGACCUUACAAGUGUGGAUUCUGUGACAAAACUUUUACACAAAAAAAAUCUUGUAAACUUCAUGAAAAAAAUCAAACUGGAGACAAAAAUAUCUGUAAUUUUUUUUAGGAAAUGUUCACUCCAAAAGGGAAUUGCACUUACCAUGAAAUAAUUUACACUGGAGGCAAAACUUUUAAACAAGUUUUUUUGCACUGCCCAUGAAACCAUUCAUACUGGAGAAAAGCAUGAUACAUGUGAGUUCUGUGGGAAAAAGAGAUUAUAACAAAACUGGCCUGCACUAGCCCUAAAAGAAUGCACACUUGUGAGAAACCAGACAGACAUGGAAAAUAAACUGUCCAUCAAUAAUGACAUAACCCAUCAUACAUAUGAAGAUGAAAGAACAGAAUACUAUCAUAAAGGUGAUGACACUUUUACCACGGAGCAUAUCACCAUCAUUACUGACAAUGAUGUCUAUGAAAUACUUACUGGCAUAAAAAGGACCACACCAGGUGUCAUCACUACAAUCAUAAAAAAUCCUUUCUAUAACUCUCAAUGAUAGAUACAGAAACAGAACACAAACUACUACCUUAAAACAUUGCUAUUUUUGGAUAACUAAAAAACAAUCAUAUUUUUGUAAUUGAUACAAUUUUUAUUUGUUCAGUGUUAAUCAAUAAUUAUAACUUUUAUAUUGUGUAGGUUCAGUAUUCCUCACACCAUUUGAUUCCAUGAUCAGAUACAUUGUCUUGAUAGAUCAUCUAUAAAAAAAGAAUUGUACUUAAUCAAAUACAUGAUAUUACGCUGGAAAAUCACUCAUCUAUCUUUACAGUUGAAAAACGAAAGGGAAAGAGGUAAGGGUUUCAAUUUCAAAGAAUUCAAGUGUUUACUAGUUAAAACCCAAUUUAAACCAUUUCAUUUUUUAAUGUAUCAAAUGUAUAUAUAUCCAAUGACUAAGUGACAGAAUAAACAGUUAAAAAAGAAACAUCGUUUUGUUCAC